UUUGCAUUCCUCACCAAGGCCAGAGAACAAGUUUUUUCUGGCCAAUUUCUGAAAAAAAGAAAACAAAAGAAAUAGAAAAAAAAAAGACGCGUGCCGUUGUGGUUGUUGAGCUGCAUUGAUUUGUUUUUUCCCAUUUGAGAGAAACAAAAUCAAAAGAAAUAGUGUUAAUAUAUAUACCUAAAAAAUGGAUCGGUUUUGGGUGCUGCCGGAAUCAUUUUCCGGCGUCCAGAGCGUCAUGACGGAGCAAUUGCUGGUAAUUUGGGGGCUAAUUAAGGCGCCAUUAAUCAUACCGUUGCUGAAUUUGGGAGUGUUUGUGUGCUUGUCGAUGUCAGUAAUGCUGUUCAUUGAAAGGCUGUACAUGGGCGUGGUCAUCACAUACGUCAAGAUCUUCGGCCGCAAACCAGAUAAGAGGUACAAAUGGGAGGCUUUGAAGGACGAUUUGGAGCACGGAAACUCUGCGUAUCCCGUCGUUCUCAUCCAAAUCCCAAUGUUCAACGAAAGAGAGGUCUACCAGCUCUCCAUCGGAGCUGCAUGCGGCCUCUCUUGGCCGUCCGAUCGAUUCAUCGUCCAAGUUCUCGACGAUUCAACCGACUCCACCAUCAAGAAUAUGGUGGAGAUGGAGUGCCAGCGAUGGGCGAGCAAAGGGAUCAACAUCAAAUACGAAAUCCGAGACAAGAGAACUGGUUACAAAUCCGGAGCCCUUAAAGAAGGCCUCACACGCUCCUACGUUAAACACUGCGACUACGUGGCAAUAUUCGACGCAGAUUUCCAACCAGAACCCGAUUUCCUGUGGCGAGCCAUCCCUUUCCUCGUCCACAACCCUGCCCUCGCCCUCGUUCAAGCUCGCUGGAAAUUCGUGAAUGCGAACGAAUGCAUGAUGACAAGAAUGCAAGAGAUGUCGCUCGACUAUCAUUUCACUGUUGAGCAAGAAGUUGGCUCAUCUACAUAUGCUUUCUUUGGCUUCAACGGAACUGGCGGUGUGUGGAGGAUUGCUGCAAUCGAGGAGGCGGGAGGAUGGAAAGAUCGUACGACAGUUGAAGAUAUGGACUUGGCUGUUCGCGCGAGCCUCAAGGGAUGGAAGUUUUUGUAUCUUGGCUCUCUAGAGGUGAGAAGCGAGUUGCCUAGCACGUUCAAGGCAUAUCGACACCAACAACAUCGUUGGUCGUGUGGCCCUGCAAAUCUGUUUAGAAAGAUGUUUUGUGAGAUUAUAAGAAACAAGAAAGUAACAGCAUGGAAGAAGGUUUAUGUGAUAUACAGUUUCUUCUUCAUAAGGAAGAUAAUAGCCCAUAUAGUCACUUUUCUGUUCUACUGCAUAGUGCUUCCUGCUACUGUGUUGAUACCCGAAGUUGAGAUCCCGAAAUGGGGCGCGGUUUACAUUCCUACCAUCAUCACCCUCCUCAACGCAGUUGGAACUCCGAGGUCCCAUUCGAGUUGGCCUAAUGCCUCAUUUCACUUUUCUUUGUUUGUUGUCAUGAGUUUGAAUGUGUGUGUGUGUAGGUCAGUCCAUUUGCUUAUUUUCUGGAUCCUGUUCGAGAAUGUGAUGGCAAUGCACCGGGCCAAGGCCACCCUGAUGGGGUUGUUUGAGAUUGGGAGAGUGAACGAAUGGAUUGUCACUGAGAAACUCGGGGAGGCCCUUAGGUUGAAAUCCGCAAUCAAAGCUUUCAAGAAACAUCGGUUUAGGAUUGGAGAUAGAAUCCAAUUGGUAGAGCUUUUUACUGGUUGCUACCUCUUCUUUUGUGGCUGCUAUGACUAUUCGUAUGGGAAACACAACUUCUUCAUAUACCUCUUUGUCCAGUCAAUGGCCUUCAUCAUCAUGGGAUUUGGCUAUGUUGGCACCUUCGUCCCUUCAUGAGAUCACUACGUGGAGGAACUGCUCGUUGCUUGCUUCGAUUAGUGUUUUGCUGAAUUUGGAAGCAUGGGGCAGUCUUGGCUUCCAAGUUCUUGCUUCACUUUUCUCUUCAUUUCUUAAUCUUUUAUACUGCUUUUUAAUUAGAUUUCAUGUAGAAAGUAAGUGUAUUCUUUUAGGUUUAGGCAUAAGAGUUGGAGCUCAGGGUAGUGGAAUUAUGUUUUUUUUCACAGAAAAUUGUACACAACACUAUUGUUUAUUUGUAUCAAUUUCAUUUUCUGGUU